AUGGCGAUACUAUCCUAUGGGCAUAAAACAAUGUAUUGUACAAAUCACUUCACCAUAGAGGACCAACCGUUUCUCCCUCUCCUCAAGGGUACACACGGUACGGUACGGUACGGUACAAUAACUGGAGAAAAUGACAUUGAAGGCAGAGAUGUGGACAGUGAUCUCGCUACGCUAACUUCACAAGACAUCGUGGCUUGGUCUGCAUAUGGGAAAUUACCACAAACUGGGAUUCUCCGUAUUGUCAGACAAUCAUUUUUGGUUCUUCACAAAAGAACCUUGUGUCGGCUCACAUGA